CAGAUGUCGGUGGCAACUUUUCAAAGAGGUGGAAGUUUACAGAGAAAUGCUGUACGUUUAUGCUGUCUCCGGUGGCGAGGAGCGGGCAUUUCCCAAAGCGAGCUCAGCCAGCUCACAUCUGCUUCUUACAUUUACAGUCUAUAUGAAGGCAGCUGCUGUGUGUUUAAUGGCAGUGCGGCUGCUUGGCGCUAUGAGGUUAAACUCUACAUUUACGCUCAUGCCAAGUGACACCGUCAGUAACUGUAAAGCCUCGUAUUUUACUAAAUCGCGUUCAUUUCAUAGCGUACAGUUCAUGUGCGGUAAUCUUUUCGCCUUUUGAUCGUUUUCAACCAGUUUGCAUCAGACAUCUGUAUCCCAUUUGGGGAAACCGGGCUGGGCGCCUCGCCUCUUUGGAUGCCUCACGUUUAAACGGUUCGCCGUAAUUAAUGGGUGGUUCUUUGUCGGAUUAUUAUUUAAUUAUGUGCAGAUACGGAGAGCAGGGCAACCUUCCGACGGUGCGGGUGUGUUUAAAACCGGGGGAAAUGCGUUCGCUGUAAGAUCUCGCUUUUAGAUUGGAUAAAAGGUGGGCACGGCUGGGUGUAGACCCUGCCCAGCUUAAGGAUAAGUGCCCACGACGUGGAGAUGGUGAAUCGCACCGAGAUCGCGAGCAGAAGCCGGGUUCCGGCGGAACGCUGUCCUCACGGAUAGCGCCGUUCGCGUGUAACAGCCGUAAUCUGCUCCUGCUUUUGUUGAAGCCGAGGGUGUGUCCGAUUUGUCGGUCUUGAAGAGAGUUUAUCGUGGAGAUAUAGCAGCGUUCAGCCCCCGUUCGUCCGCCGUCGUGUGUCAUCACAGCUAACACGGAUAGUUAGCGUCGCACUGAAUCGUCUAAUUGUAACAGUUACACAUCGUUUCAUUCCGUUUACUUUUCAAAAAUACUACUUUCGGAGCCAUCUGGAGCACAAAGCAGGCUUUAAUAAUGCAGCGUAUGCGCCGCGGUCUUUUGGAAGAACACGCUGGCAAUGAUGAAAUGAUCCAGUUGUGAUCACUUUGUCUACAGAAGUGGCUUGUGGUUAUGAGGUCGGCAUCCGCUCAUUUCUGUGUCCUACGUAUGCCAUGCAUGCGUGCAGCUCCGGUCUGGAGUUGUCUCUUUGGCCCCAGGUCCAGCUCGGACUGGCGUUUCUCCCUGGGGUUUGGGGGGGUACACCUCUGGCUCUGUGCCACGUCGGCGUCCAUCCCACAGUGGGAUCGCCUGGGGCCGUUAUUCCCGCUCGUCGUUUUGCACUUCGGGCCCCAUGUAGGGAGCCGUUCUGGAAUAGUGAGCGACUGAACCGAGGCGCAUUUGUGUCUGACCCGGUUUUCAUUGCACGAAUAAUGCAUUCAGGGCCGUAGCCAGGAUUUUUAAAAUACCGAGUUCAAAAGCGUUACCCCUUCGUAAGUGUGCCCCGUAAUGGAUCGUGGUUAUUGAAGUUGCAGAAAAAAUAGAGGACUUGGCCUCGGGGUCCUUAGCGGAGCUCCAGCAGCCAGACCCUGUCCUCCACCCACACCAUGGAGGCCUGUGUCCCUGAGGAGCACUUCCAGGCUCUGAGCCACGCCGAGCAGGCCUUCAGCAAGAUGGAGAGCUACCUGAGGUGCAAGCAGCUGUGCGACGUGGUGCUCCUGGCCGGCGAGCGCCGCAUCGCUGCCCACAGACUCGUCCUCUCCUCGGUGUCUGACUACUUCGCCGCCAUGUUCACCAGCAACGUCCGCGAGGCCACACAGGAGGAGGUGAAGAUGGAGGGCGUGGACCCCGACGCAUUAUGGGCUUUGGUGCAGUACGCUUACACAGGUCGGCUGCAGCUGCGGGAGGACACCAUCGAGAGCCUGCUGGCUGCAUCCUGCCUGCUGCAGCUGUCCACUGUGGUGCAGGCCUGCUGCAACUUCCUGGUCAAGCAGCUGCAUCCCUCGAACUGCCUGGGCAUCCGCUCCUUCGCCGACGCGCAGGGCUGCCAGGAGCUCCACAAGGUGGCGCACAGCUACACCAUGGAGCACUUCCUGGAGGUGAUGAGGAACCAGGAGUUCCAGCUGCUGCCCCCCGGGGAGGUGGAGAAGCUGCUGCUGUCAGACGACAUGAACGUGCCGGACGAGGAGACUGCGAUGGGGGCUCUGCUGAGCUGGGUGCAGUAUGACUGCGCAGCCCGGCAGUGCUGCCUGCCCCGGCUGCUGGCGCAUGUGCGGCUGCCCCUGCUUUCGCCGCAGUUCCUGGCCGACGUGGAGUCCAGCCCCCUGCUGAGGGACAGUGUGGAUUGCCAGCACCUCCUCAUGGAGGCCAUGAAGUACCACUUGCUUCCCGAGCGGCGCUCGCUGCUGCAGAGCCCCCGCACACGGCCCCGCAAGGCCACCGUGGGGACGCUGUUCGCCGUGGGCGGCAUGGACGCCACCAAAGGUGCCACCAGCAUCGAGCAGUACUGCCUGCGUAAAGACUCCUGGAGGCAGGUGGCAGUGAUGAGCGGCCGGCGGCUGCAGUUUGGGGUGGCCGUGCUGGAGGGCCGGCUUUACGUGGUGGGGGGGCGCGACGGCCUGAAGACACUGAACACGGUGGAAUGCUACAACCCGCAGAGUCGCAGCUGGAGCGUGAUGCCCCCCAUGUCCACGCACAGGCACGGCCUGGGUGUCGCCGUCCUGGGGGGCCCCAUGUACGCGGUGGGGGGUCACGACGGCUGGAGCUACCUGAGCACGGUGGAGCGCUGGGACCCCCAGGCCCGGCAGUGGGGCUUCGUGGCCAGCAUGGCGACGCCGCGGAGCACGGUGGGCGUGGCCGUACUCGGCACCAAGCUGUACGCGGUGGGCGGUCGCGACGGCAGCUCCUGCCUCCGCUCUGUGGAGUGCUUCGACCCCCACACCAACAAGUGGAGCGUCUGCGGGCAAAUGGCCAAGCGGCGCGGGGGAGUGGGCGUGGCCACCUGGAACAACUUCUUGUACGCCAUCGGCGGCCACGACGCCCCCGCCUCCAGCCUGACCUCGCGCCUGUCGGACUGCGUGGAGAGGUACGACCCCAAAACGGACACGUGGACCACCGUGGCCCCCAUGAGCAUCAGCCGGGAUGCUGUGGGUGUGUGUCUACUGGGGGACCGUCUGUACGCCGUUGGGGGGUACGACGGGCAGGUCUACCUGAACACGGUCGAGGCCUACGACCCGCAGACCAACCAGUGGGAGCAGGUGGCGCCGUUGUGCGUCGGCAGGGCAGGAGCCUGUGUGGUGGUGGUCAAGCUAUAGCGGCUGCUGGAAUUCAACAGCGAGACGCAGCAACGUCCCCACCCGUCCUGCUGGGUGGGAGCUGCGAGGGAUUUUUUUUUUCGCAGACCUGGAGGUCAUGUUAGGUCACGUUGACGAUGACGCACCCAUGUUCUCGGCGGGGCGUCUGUCCACCUGCAGGUGUCCUGAAUGUAAUCACCUGCCUAGGAAUGACUGACUGGCCAGCCAGCCUGCUGCUCUCUGAUUGGACCAAUGCCGGCCAGGGCCCUGGAACGAGGCUGAGCAGUCACUCCUGGUGGAGUCGGGGGGGGGCUAUUUUUGUCCGUUCCUCUGAUGCCCAUUUCAGCUUUGAAGCGGAAGAGACAGGAAAUGGGUAUCGGCGGCUUGUCACCUUGUCAAAAAGUACUGGGAUGGUAUUUCCAUUGAGUUCGUGAUGUGUGUGGACCUAGCAGACAGGAAAUGGAGCACCUUGUUAGGACACGAAUAAUGGCGCACACCCGCCUCCCCUGCAGGUUCGGGCACGUAUACCAAAGCAUGCACCCCCUCAGCGUAAACAAAGGAUCAUUCUAACAGUGAAUUACUAUCCCCAUUCACCUUCAGGCAGCCUGAAAUACGUCUGCGUAUCCAUAGGGACAAGGGACCAAGUUAGAAAACAAGCACUUAGACGCUUCAGUUCUGCUUGCAGUAAGAGCCACUUAGCAAUAAACCCCCAGUGAGACCUCAUGUACACAUUGUCAAUAACUCAGGGCGAAGGGCCUGCUUAACUGAGUGCAUACUAGCCUCCAGCUGCACAAGGGCAUUUACAGUCUCAGUAUAUCUGUCUUAACACACCGCGCAUCCCUGGCAUCUGCUGUUGUGGAUUUACGCCACGAUCCGCAGCUCGUACUUCCAGAGACACGGCCCAAGUGACGGCCGUGGUGGUGACUUGUGUUUCGCAAAUGCAAAUUUGUUGCAUUUCUGCAGAAAUUGUAUGUUUCGACCUCUGGGUUGUUCUGCUUAAAUAUCAGAACAGAUGUGACCCCCAAAAACAGUCCAGGUGUGGUGGCUCGGGCAGUCUGUUCCCCAGAGCUGAACUGGUCAUCACUGGCUGUGCCUCACUGCGAUCUUCAUUAGACCCUUUAAUCGUGGCCUUUUGACUGAGGUGGUGUGGAAAACAGUGGAUGAUUUCCUCGUGACCGGAGCGGAGUCACGGCCCCGGAUUGUAAAGGAGAGAGAUACAUCGAGGCCCCCAGGGGACCUUUUAGAUGACGGUGGUGUAUGUCACCCCCUACAUGUGCAGUGUACACAGCACCAGCGAUUUCUGCCACUGCAGCUGUCAUGGCUCUGCGGGAUACGUGUUAAAUAAUACAGCUAUUGUCACAGCUCCUAUCUCCGGCUAUUUUUAUACCAAAAAAUGACAGUGUAGGAGCAUUUGGGGAGGGGGAUAUGGAUGCAGAUGUCAGUGCUGAUGUCAUCACACUGCUACCAUAUCCCUCUGCUGCACUCAGAAUCCACUGGCUGACAUGAAAGGUACCGUAGUGACGAUUUAUAGAUGUAAUGUUAACACUGAUAAUCCCACCAUUUUGGGACCUGUGUUUCCUUUUGUUUAUGUGGCCCGUGAAUGAGUGUGUAAGUGGUCUUUGGUGGGGUUACACCCGUAGCAGCUCUCAACUGUGUUCAAGCCUGUGUGCAGUGAUUUCCCCCUGCUGGCCCCACCAGGGAAAUGCAUCUCCGACAGCUCAUACAGUACUGUAUGUGGUCUAAGAGGAGCUGUAGAAUCCAACAUGCUUGCCAAGGAGCAGUUGAGAACGCACCUGGAUUUCAUCCCGUAGCUCUGGGCUUUUCAGGAGGUCCACACCCAUCCGGGGAUUACGGUUUUCUUUAGAUGCGGUGAUGCCGGAUUGACACUCCAGUGCUCUGAUCAGGUCGGAGCUGGGCAUCUCACAACAGGAGGCGGGUCCCCCCGCUGCCAACAUCCCAACAUCGACUGAGCCCCAGGAUCAGCCGCCUUGGUCAGUAUAUAUAGGAGAUGAGGUGUUUAAUCUAUCCAUUUCUCAUUCCUCUGGGAGAUGAAGGUGCUCAUCUCCUGCAAAAAAAUGUGUGCAAUUUGCUUGACGAAUGUCUGAACAUUCCUUGUUUUGUUUUCCUUGUUAUUUUUAUAUUAAACUUGCUUAAGUA